AGGAGGCUGCGCAAAUCCUUCGCUCCCAAAUGUGCGGCUGUGGUUGAAAAUAUUUGGAGGUUUUGCUUCGGUUUGGUUGGGGUUGUUUUUGUCGAUCUUUGACCUGGUUUCAGUUCUCCAAGGCCGAGACAAUGGCUUUCUUUGUGAAAAACAUGAUAAGUAACCAGGUAAAGAAUUUAGGAUUUGGAGGUGCAUCUGAAGAAAAGAAAGAAGAAGGAAGCACCUCAGACCCUGCAGCGGCUAAAGGGAUGACUAGAGAGGAAUACGAGGAAUACCAGAAGCAGAUGAUUGAAGAGAAGAUGGAGAGAGAUGCUGCAUUUACUCAGAAAAAGGCAGAGAGGGCAUGCCUACGAGUCCACCUCAGGGACAAAUACAGGCUUCCGAAGAGUGAAAUGGACGAGACACAAAUCCAACUGGCUGGGGACGAUGUGGAUUUGCCAGAAGAUCUCCGAAAGAUGGUAGACGAAGACCAAGAUGAGGAAGAGGAGAAGGAUUCUAUCCUUGGGCAGUUGCAGAACCUCCAGAACAUGGACUUGGAUACCAUUAAAGAAAAGGCACAAGCCACCUUCACAGAAAUCAAACAGUCCGCAGAACAGAAGUGUUCUGUGAUGUGA